GUUUCAUUUGUGUAAUUGGGAGAACUAUAAGGAUGAAGUUUCCACUGGGACUGGUCUCUUUUAUCAUUGCGUUUGCUGCAGUGGCUAUGCAAGAUGAUGUUUUUCCCACUGAUUCUUCUGAACUUUGGUUGCAUACAGAAAAUGAUAAUGCUGCCGAGCCUCUGUUAUGUACUGAGUGCAAAGGAGAAACAUUCUGCACAGGCACCAGUAUAAAAUGCGCUAGUGAAGAAUAUUGUAUAAGUUGGUACAUUGAAGAAACCAAUGACGGAAAUAAAACAAAGAUGCUGAUCAGAUCGUGUGCACCAAUAGAGCAAUGUGACUUCUCGGCAAGCAUCAAUUCCACCGGUGGAAGCAUCAAGAUGGUCAGCUCUUGUUGUAAUUCUGACAACUGUACUCCUCACUUACCCCCAUUGCCAUCUGACAGUAACCAGCUGCUUGAAAUAACAUGCCCAACCUGCACAAAUUCUGAAUUCAAUUUCUGUAACAGUGAGGAUACAAUGCGAUGUAGCGGCAAGGAGAGUAGGUGCAUUGAGUACUCAAGCUUAUCAGGAAAUAGUACAAAGGCAGUCCGUGGUUGCGCAACCAGAAGUUCCUGUGGUCCUGAUGGACUUGAUGGUCCUGAGCCUCUGACUUUGAAUAUUGGAGGAUUUAAUUUUACAUUUAACUGCAGCGAUGCUGAAAUUGACUCUCCCAUUUCAUGUGCAGAGUGCAAAUCUUCAGAUAGUUCCUCUUGUACGGGCACUAAUGUGACUUGUGCCUCGGGUUAUGUGUGUACAACUCAUCACAAGGUAGUAAUUCAAGAUGGAGACAAGACUCAAAGCAUAGUCAGGACGUGUGGAGCACAAAGUAACUGUGAGGAUUUAGUAAGACAAAGCCUUCCUGGAUAUACAGCUAUUGACAGCACCACCUGUUGUUACUCCAACUAUUGUACACCAGCCAUUAAAUCAUAUAGCAGCCAAACCAAUGGACUAAUAUGUACAACUUGCACUGCUGAAAAUGGAAACGCUUGUGAUAAUGAGAAAACUAUGGAAUGCAGUGGGGAUGAGAAUGUGUGCCAUGCGGAAUUAACACUGCUUUCAGAUAACUCUAAAACUGUCUCUGGCUGUGCAACUAAAAGUAUUUGUGAUAGAAUAUAUUCCACUGAGGACGCAACAGUUAGUUAUACCUGUCAGAUUCCAAAAGCAGCAAAUAUCACAAUGUCCAUUGAAAGCACAACUACAAGUGUGGGAAUUGUAUCUACUGGAAACACAAGUGCAAGUGUGGGAACUGUACAUACUGGGAUCCCAACUUCAAGUGUGGGAAUUGUAUCUACUGGGAACACAACUUCAAGUGUGGGAAUUGUAUCUACUGGGAACACAAGUGCAAGUGUGGGAACUGUACAUACUGGGAUCCCAACUUCAAGUGUGGGAAUUGUAUCUACUGGGAACACAACUUCAAGUGUGGGAAUUGUAUCUACUGGGAACACAAGUGCAAGUGUGGGAACUGUACAUAUUGGGAUCACAUCUUCAAGUGUGGGAUCCAUAUCUAGUGGGAACACAAGUGCAAGUGUGGGAACUGUACAUAUUGGGAACACAAGUGAGGGUAUUACAAAUACCACCGCAAAUCUGGGCAACACUGUUAGAACUACUGGAAGAACCAUAGAAACCACCAAGACCAGUUCUGUAUUAGCAAAUGCAGGGAAUACUGGAGUCCCAAGUGCCAGUACAAAGAUUUCCAGUAGAAGUAUCAGAACCUUUGUUGGUGUUUUCGUUAUUUUAUACAUGUAUUUUGUACUAUAAGUCAUCUUCAGGGCAAUGGUUUUUCUUUUUUUCUUAAAAAUUAAGUACACCUAAAAUAAGGUUGUGUAUAUAAAUUGUAAUUCUUGGUUAUAAAAUAUUAUAUCAGAAAACAGAGAUCUACUUAAUUUUUCUUUUCAUUCCAAGAUAUUAAGGGAUA